AUGCGCCAUAUUUUGUUGGUGUCAUGUUAUCCAACAAAGAAGCCAUUCUCACUGACAAUGACAGAAAGUUUUGCACAAUCGGACUAUCCCGAAAAUCUGCAUCUAGAAGACACAUAUUCAAAUUCAGCUUCCAAUAACAACACUAAUAAUCAUAACAGAAGACAAAAACGUCGUCCAAUGCAAACAAGUUCACAAGAUGCUCGAUACAGUCAUCGUUCGUACCAACAGCAGCAGCAACAGCAGUCGUGGUAUCCACCGAAUGCAUACUACGAACAACAAUAUUAUAGUUCACAACCGGCACGUGCUGGUGGACAUUUUAACCACAAUUAUCAGCAUCAUUAUCAACCGCAGCCACAAUAUCGAAGAGGUCAGCAGCGACAUGCUGCACCAUCGAGACAAAUAAAUCAACAAGUGACUAAUCGUCCAUCUAGUCAUCAUACAUCAGGACGAUCUACAGGUGAAGUUGAAAAUCUCCGCUCGACACUAAUCGAACAAUUAUUGGAAAACACUUAUGAAUGUAUGAUAUGUAUUAUCAAAAUUAACCGAGACGAAGAAAUAUGGUCAUGCGAUGUUUGUUAUAAAAUGUUUCAUUUGACUUGUAUUAGAAAAUGGGCUAAUUCUGAAGAGAGUGGUACCGAUAAAAACUGGCGUUGUCCAGGUUGUCAAUAUUCUUACUCAAGCCAUCCAAAUUAUAAAUGUUUUUGUCAUAAACGUACAAAUCCCGUUUUUCAACCUGGCGAAAUUCCUCAUUCAUGUGGUGAGCGAUGUGCAAAACGGUUGAAUACAAAAUCAAAUGAUUGCAACCAUCAUUGCACCGAACUUUGUCAUCCAGGUCCAUGCCCAACAUGUACAACGAUGGUUAAACGUUCGUGCUUAUGUGGACGCGAAUCUCAAACAAUCAUGUGUAGUUCAAAUUCUCUCAUAAAAUGUGAAAAUAAAUGUGGUAAACUCAAAUCCUGUCAGCACCAUUACUGUGAAUUGGUUUGUCAUCCACGUGAAUGUGAACCAUGCGAUCAUUUAGUCAAACAAGUUUGUUCAUCGCAUGGUACCGAACGAGAAGUUCCAUGUACGGUUGAAACGGGCGAUAGAAAAAUCUACACGUGCGGGGAAAUAUGUGAGAAAUUACUUGAAUGCGGACAGCAUCGAUGUACAAAAAUAUGUCAUGAUGGACCCUGUACAGAUUGUUUGUUUCUGCCUGAAAAUUGUAAAACAUGUGCCUGUGGAAAAACAACAAUGGAUAAUCAACAACGAAUGUCAUGCAUCGAUCCCUUACCAACUUGUGACAAACCAUGUGACAAAAUUCUGUCCUGUGGUCCGGUUGGUGAUCGUCAUCGAUGCUCAGCUCAGUGUCAUAACGGACCAUGUCCGCCAUGUAAAAAAGAAUCAACUCUUCAAUGUCGUUGUGGGCAACUUAGUAAAUCAACAACGUGUAUCGAAGCAGUACAAUACGAUCCAAUCAAAAAUCCAUUCUGUUGUGAACGACGAUGUAAUCGUAAGAAAUUAUGCGGAAAACAUCGGUGUAACGAACUAUGUUGCGAUCGCGAUAUUCAUGUUUGUGAGCUUGUCUGUGGUAAACCACUCAAUUGUGGUAUUCACACAUGCGAAGAAUUGUGCCAUAAAAAUCCGUGUCGUAAAUGUCCAAUAAACGUCUAUGAUGAAUUAUCUUGUCGAUGUGGACAAACUGUACUUCAACCACCGAUUGAAUGUGGCACAAAACCGCCAUCAUGUAAUUAUAAAUGUAAUCGCACACAUGCAUGUGAUCACCCAGUCUACCACAGUUGCCACAACGAUGAUGAAUGUCCACCAUGUACACAUCUUGUGUCAAAGAUGUGUGUCGGAGAGCACACCCUCCGUAAUAAUGUCCCUUGCCAUUUAAAAGAAGUUUUAUGCGGUCUACCAUGUGGGAAACCGCUUUCAUGCGGUGUUCAUACAUGUCAGCGUGCUUGUCAUUCAGGCCCAUGUCAAGCAAACGAUCAGAAAUGCACCCAGCUUUGUUCCAUUAAACGACGUGAAUGUGGUCAUCCGUGCAAUCUUCAAUGCCAUGGACGCGAACCGUGUCCAUCGACAACUUGUCGAGAAAAAGUCGAAGUUCGUUGUCCAUGUGGUCGAUUAGUGAAAGAUGUUGUUUGUAACAUCAAGUCCAGUAAAGCCAGCGAAGACAAAGAUGAUGCUGAUUUGACCCAAUCACUCGUUCAAGCACUAUCUGUGCGAACAAUAGAUUUAUCAUUAGCAAGAAAACAAAAACCCGCACAGCCAGCACCCCUUGAAUGCGAUGAUGACUGUCGCAUUAUACAGCGAAAUAAAAAUUUAGCACAAGCAUUAUCGAUCAAUACCGAAGAAUCGCGACAAUCGACCGUUGUUUACACAGACUUCUUACGUGAUUAUGCGAAGAAAAAUUUAGAAUUUGUUCAGGGCAUCGAACGACAACUUGGUCAACUUGUUGAAGAAACUCAACGACAUCGCGUUUCAAAGCGAUGUUACUCAUUCAAACCCAUGAAAAUCAACGAACGUCAUGUUGUUCACGAAUUAGCUUCAUUCUAUGGCUUAGAAACACAUUCAAUGGAUCCAGAGCCGCAUCGCAAUGUUGUCGCAUAUGCAUCCUAUGGUGUAUGCAAAAUUCCAAUCACUCUACUGAAACCCUCAAAUUAUCUUAUUUGUGCAAUAAAUUCAAAGAUGUACUGUCGAUCAUUAAUCUUGCUUUCUCAAUUGUCUAUAAAUAGAGCGCAUGUGUUCAAUCGAUGUGUCAUUGCAUCUUGCAAUCAUCCACUACUAUUUCCCUCUCAACAACAACAUCGUUUUUUAGCUCAAAAUACAGCUUCUAAACCAGCACCUGGUCGCGUACGUCGAUUUUUUCGUUGGAUCACAGGAAGAUCGAAACCGAUUGAAACGAAGACGAUCAAUUUUGCAGCAUCACCGACACCGCCGGCGACAACAAUGCAACGAGUUAAACGUUUCCUUGCUCUUUCACCGCCAAUCGAACGGCUUCUUCUACAUUCACGGAUCAUCGAAAAUGAAGACUUAGCACGACUAAUAUCGAAAACAGUUGCCGUCACGAUCUAUGCAUUUAUUAGUGUUAGUGCAUUAGGAACACUCGGUGUCGAUACAAAACCAUUAUUGGCUGGUAUUGGUAUAACUGGUUUUACCAUUGGUUUUGCUUUGAAAGAAGUAGCAACGAAUUUUAUCUCAGGCAUAUUUCUCGUCAUUAGUAAACCAUUUGUACGGGGAUGUCGAAUUAAAAUUCACGGAAGUGGCGGCGGAAUUGAAGGUCUCGUUCACUAUAUCGACGUGCGAUACGUACAUCUCAAAACUAAAGAUCGUAAGCCAUUGUGGUUGAGUUCUAUCGAAAUUUUAAAUCUGCUGUUUUCUAUUUCAUCAGGUGGUGUAAUUAUGGUUCCAUCCGCAGUUGUGUACACAAAUCCAUUCACUGUUUUUCCGGCUGAUGAUGAUGCAAAUGCUGGUUUCAUUGAUAUGACAAAACCACCGUCAAGUGAUCCAACAAAACAACCUACAGAACCCGUUCCAGAUAUUUCAAAGAUUUCCCAUUCAAAAGAAACCAAAUUACAAAUGAAACUAACCACGGAACCAGCAGGAUCGUUCAAAAAAGCACCAUUCAACGAGAAAUUAUAA